AUGUCUAUGUUAGAAAUCUCCUUUUAGGGUGUUUAGAGCUUUGGUAGUUUCAGGCAAAAAAGAAGCUGGAAAGCAACCAGAUUAAGUUUUAUCAGGAAAUGAGUGUCUUAGAUAUCUUCAGAAAAGCUCUCUUAGUUUCUUCUAAAAACAUCAACUUCAUCAUCUUCGCUUUUAUAACCUCCCUCCCCUUGUUCUGCUUUGUGGUUUACUAUGAAUUUUCUUUCCAAAAGUUUCUUCUUGAAACCUUUGAAAUUCUAGAAGUAUCAAAGGGUCACUUUUCAUUCAAUAUGCUCAGCGAGCUGAAAAAGGAUUAUCUUCACGAGAUGACUCGAAUGGGUCUUUUGUAUUUUGUUCCCUACAAUCUCCUACAACUCAGCACAGUGCUACUGAUUGUUGAUUUGGCAUCGAAAAUAUAUAAAGAAGACAAACAGAUGAGUCUUAAAGAUAUGUUACCAAAACCAAUGAUCAGCAUGGGAAGAUUAAGAGGCACUUUGAUCACUUUUCUGAAUUUCCUCUAUGUUUCCUUGUUAUCAACUUGUACUCUACCUGGAUUCAUAUGGUUGGUAACGAUUUCUAAUGAUUUUUCAAGCGAUUUGAUUGUCAUGGCUGGUAUUUUUCCCACAGCAGUUGUUGGAGUAGCUUUUGUGGCACUUCUAACCCUUUACUUGGCAUUGAGUGCUGUGUGGAAUAUGAGUAUUGUGUUUUCCAUUUUGGAGGGUGUAUAUGGGAUUGAAGCGUUGGCUUUGUCUUCUUACUGCAUCGGUGGAAAGGAUGAAUGUGGGAUUGUUUUGAUGCUUGUUUUCUCUGUAUGGGAAAUUGGAUUAAGAUUUCCAUGUCUCUAUAUUGGCUGCUAUAAAGGAGGUUAUGGAAUUAUUGCGCAGGUUAGCUUGGUCUGCCUGGGAAUGACACUGAAAUGGAUCGUCUUCGUGGUAUAUUACCACAGUCUUAAAGAGAUAACAUUAGCAAAGAAAGUUGAUUUGGAGGUAGGAACAGAGGUUAGACCAGUUGGAUAAAUAACGGGAGUUAGGUGGAACAAACCAAUUCUAAGCUCAGAAUUCAAGUUUUGAAAAUGGUGAGAAUCGUGGAGAUGGAAAAUUCCUAGAGCAUCAUAUGAAACAAACUUCUAAACUUUCAUUUACGGGAGUAGGCAUAAAUAUUAUCUUUUUUGAAAGUCUCAAACUCAACUACUUAAAAGAAGGAUUUUCUGAUUUAUUAUUAUUAUU